CAUGUAAUAAAUAGUGAAGAUCCUAGCAUUGAAGAUAAAGUGUUAAUAUUUGAAAGUCAACUUGAUGAUUUUUUUGAAUAUACUAAAAAAAAAAACCAAACUAAUCAACCUGACUCACUUCGGGAAGUCAAGCAUCAGUUUCCAAAUUUAUCUGCAAUGGCCCAAGAUAUUAUUGCUAUACCAGCAACAAGCAUUGUAUCCAAACAGAUAUUUAGCUAUGCUGGUUAUAUUAUUGAUGAAGAAUGCACUUUGUUAGAUCCAAGUACAAUAGCUGCACUAAUAUACUAG